ACCACGACGAUGCCGUGAUGGCAAGAGAGGACGCGCGCGGCAAGCGACCCUUCAAGCUAUGGGACGGGCAACGUAGCGUGCGCAAGGGGCUGGUGGUGGGCAGCCUCGAGGAGUUGGUGGCGCGCGGUCGAGACAAGUUGGGCGUCGCCGCCGCCGAACCGGUACGACUCGUUUUGGAGUCGGACGGCACGCAGGUAGAGGACGCCGAAUACUUUCGAACGUUGCCGCCCAACAGCGUGCUGCUGUUGCUGAGGCCGGGGGAGCGCUGGUUGCCGGCGGGAGUAGAUGUAAUACGCGCAGUAGUUUCUGCUAUACCCCGCAUCGUAUGCGAAACAAUCAAUGCGUUGGAACUGCAGGAUGAAACACCUUCAUGGAAAAUCAUGGACAACAAGGGCCGGGUCACGGUUGUUCUGCACUGGGACCAGCGGCCUGGAAGGGGGCCUGCCGACGUACCGUCGCCUGCCAAAUUUUCACCUAGUAAACGACCGCCAGGAGGCAUUCAGGCGGCUACGCCCAAAGGGCCAUCACCAGCUCAGGACGGAUUCACCCCUCCUAGGAGGGCCAGCCCGCAGAUCACUGUGAUAAACCACGAUGAAGUUCGAUCUAUGGGAGCCCGUCGCGCCAGCUCCUUGGAAGCGCCCGUGCACGUGCACACGCCCGAGUGCAUGCACCAUGCGCACCUGCCCCGCGCCGGCAGUCCCCAGAAUGGCGCGGUCGAAUGCGACUUCCACUGCUGCGCGCUGCACGAGGAGGGUCGGCGCAUCGCCGUGCACAAAUCGGUAGCGACGUCGCCCAUCCAGGAGGCGGGCGCGCAACAAGCUCAAGCGUCUCCACAGCCACGUCAUGUCCGUUUUUUAGACGUUGAAGGUGGCGGCCGGGGCGGGGGCCUCUCCGAGCACGAGUCCUCCGAGUCCGAGACGGAGAACACCGUCAUGGAGGACGAGGCCGUCACCUCCGAAAAGUUCCUGCUGCUCGUGGACCAGCUCAGCGUCGACCAGAAACGCCACCUCAGCAUCAAGGACAUCGGCAUCAUCCUGGAACGCCUCAGCUCCAAGAUCCUGGACGUCGAACGCCUGGAUCGUGAGAGCGAAAGCGACGACUGCUACAACUGGACUAUAAAGGCCACGAUACGGGGCGCGGACAUGCGCGAACUGGGCGUCAUCUACAACGGCAACUACUACGCCAUCUCGGAGCAUCCGGGCUACCGUGAGGAGAACGAGGGAGUGCUGGAGGAAGGCGAGGAGGAGGAAGAGGAGGAGGACCGGCUGUGAACGCCACUGCCAAAACUUGCGCACAAUCGAGCGCGCGGUGCGCACAUAUCCUGUCGCGACCGGGUACGAUUCCUGGAGGCUGUCGUUUAGAGGCCAGUGUCAGAUUCUAAACAUUUUGACGGCUAUAACUACACUAGGUUGUACGAGAUUACAAAUAGAUCAAU